AUGUUCAGAACUCUUCCAGUUCGUCGUAUACAGCUUUCGAGAGCUCUCGCUACCCAUGCUACACCUCCGACGCGCCCUGCUGCCCCACCUACUCGACAUGACUGGAAGAAAGACGAGAUUCAAGCGAUCUACGACACGCCCCUCAUGGAACUUGUCUUCAGAGCGGCAUCAGUCCAUAGGCAAUACCAUGACCCUAGCAAAAUUCAGCUAUGCACUCUCAUGAACAUUAAGACUGGAGGAUGCACUGAGGACUGUUCCUACUGCUCGCAAUCGUCGAGAUAUUCCACACCGACGUCGGCCUCUCGAUUAGUGGAUAUUGAACCCGUGCUGGAGGCGGCCCGCAAAGCGAAAGAAAAUGGUAGUACCCGUUUCUGCAUGGGUGCAGCCUGGAGAGAACUUGCUGGUAGAAAACGCGGGUUUGAGAGAAUAUUGGAGAUGGUCAGGGAAGUCCGAGGAAUGGGAAUGGAGGUUUGCACAACCCUCGGAAUGCUCUCCCCUGAUCAGGCACGUCAGCUGAAGGAGGCUGGUUUGACUGCGUAUAACCACAAUCUCGACACCUCUCGAGAGUUUUACCCUCAGGUUAUAACCACCCGCUCAUUUGACGACAGACUCGAUACUAUUACUGCAGUUCGUGAUGCAGGUAUCAGUGUUUGCUCGGGUGGCAUUUUGGGACUGGGGGAAUCCGACACCGAUCGCGUUGGUCUCAUCUACGAAGUAUCCAACAUGCCUGAACAUCCAGAGUCUUUCCCCGUAAAUGCCCUUGUCCCGAUUCCCGGAACUCCUUUGGAAAAGAAUGAUCCCGUAUCCGUCCACAUUCUGAUCCGCACAAUCGCCACGGCGCGUAUCACAAUGCCCUCUACAAUCAUUCGCCUUGCAGCGGGAAGAAAUACUCUCGCCGAGACAGAACAAGCCAUGUGCUUUAUGGCUGGGGCCAACGCAGUGUUCACAGGUGAACAGAUGCUGACUACGCCAUGCUCUCCGUGGGACGAGGUAAAAAAAUUUGAUGACACGUUAUUAAAGAUUGCUAAUUUCACUUUACCUCAGGACAAAGCUAUGAUGGGCCGCUGGGGACUCUCUGGGAUGCGUAGCUUCGAACAAGUCAGUGUGGCCGAAAAGGAGGCCUCGCGUUUGGAAGAAAAGCUGCUCAAAGCGGGUGAAUCGACAGCUUCACCGAGUGUUUAA